UGAUGAGGAUCACGAGCGACGCAAACGAAGGGAUAGGGACAGGGAUAGGGACAGGCAUGAUGAUGCAGAUCGUAGCAGGCGGAAAGAGAAGCGUAGAAGAGAGUGAGUGGAUAGCGACGGCAAUGUCCCCGUGCCAACUACAGAGAAACUCAUGUUCCGCAGCUCCCGUACACCGUCACCAUCGGACCGGUCCCGACGCAAGGAAGCCAAGGCAGCUGCCAGAGCCGCCUCACGGCGAGAAGCUGAAUUGGAACAGGCUCGAAAACUUGCCGAGUUGUCCAUGUACUCUGCCACUGACAACCCGUUCCACGACGCCAAUUUGGGUGAACAAUUUGUAUGGAACAAGAAACGAGAGAAGGAGAAGAAACAGGGAUUGUCUCUGGAUGACAUUUCGCGUAAAGAUGCACUGAGACGACAAGAGGCGAAAGAGGAGCUUGAAAAGCUCAACAAACGACGAGCUGAACGAGAGGUGGAAAUGCAAUUGAGAGAAGAGGAAGAAGCUCGCAUGGCUCGAUUGGCGGAAGAUGCUCAAAUGGCAGAAUGGAUAGCGAAAGAAGAUGAUUUCCAGUUGGAACAGAGUCGUCGACGGGCUGGUAUAAGAUUACGGGAACAGAGAGCCAAAGCCAUCGAUUUCUUGGCUAUCAAUCUGCGCUUUGCGGAUGCCCGAUCGCUGGGGAAACACACAGCUGCCAUUGGAUCUUUGUCGAAUCCUAGAAAGUCGGAGAUGGAGCGAGAGGAAGAAGAAGAGGGUUGGGGAUGGGCAGAUGCUGGAUUCGAAUUUGAGAUUGAUGAGCCUUGGAAAAUAUUCGAGAACCUCAACUUGGAAGAUUGCGUCGAGCUCGAGCAAGAUAUCAGAAUGUAUUUGUCGCUGGAAAAAUCGCCCAUCCAUAUUGAGUUCUGGGAGGCUAUGAUGGAAGUCUGCCGUUACCAUUUAGAGAGACUGCGCGACCCAGAGCAUGCCGAGGGCGGCCGUCUUUUCGAUCGUCAGGUGGAUGAUGACGCUGGGAACAUCGUAUCUGGUCUCAGUCUUCAACGAUUGAUAGAACUGGAGAACAGGACGAACAAUAUGCUUAGAAGUGGCCAGCCUGUCGAUGGAGAGUUCUGGGACCUGGUUCUGAAGAAGAUUCAGGUCGAAAAGGCCAUCAGUAAACUCAACUCGAUCCACGAGGUCGUUCUCAAAAAUCGUCUGGAGCAAUUCAAGAAGCGACAAAGAGAAGACGCUGCCAAAGUUCAAGCAGAACUCGGAGGGACCAUUGUCACAGCUCAACCUGAAGCAAAUGCCUUUGGUGGCGAUAUGCAUGCUGAAGUCGGAAUUCCCGAUGAUGCGGACGACGAAAUGGAUGAGGACGACUUUGUGGAGGAUUACGAUCCAGAGAUGAGUCCCCCACGUUUGGAUCCAAGGGAAAUGCAAUUCGAGGAACGUCGUCUGCCCAUAGUCGAGGAAGAAGAAUAUCUCCGGGCUUUGUUCGCCGCUCGUCACGCCAUCACCUCUGCGACCUUUGUCCCACGACACGUUGUUCAUCGGCCGACCGCGCCUACUACCUCAGCAUCAGUCAUUAGACCUUCGGCGGCCGACAUUGAAGCUGAGCGAAUCUACCGGGAAGAAGCGCAAAGAGAGAAGAACGAGCUUGGAUCUGAUGAGUCUGAGGAGGAGUUUGGUGAUUUAGACGAGACGCUCGAUCUGGCGAUCCCGUCGACGUACGAUUGGAGCGAUCGAUAUCGACCCAGGAAGCCGAGAUUCUUCAACCGUGUGCACACUGGAUACGAGUGGAGCAAGUACAAUCAAACCCACUACGACACGGACAAUCCGCCGCCGAAAGUCGUUCAAGGCUACAAAUUCAAUAUCUUUUAUCCAGACUUGAUUGAUAAAAGCAAAGCCCCGACCUAUUACAUCAAACGAAUUCCUGACGAUCCCGAUACUCAAAUGAUUGUAUUUACCGCUGGACCGCCAUACGAAGACAUCGCCUUCAGGAUCGUUCGGCGGCCAUGGGAGUAUUCGCAUCGUAAGGGCUUCAGAAGUCUAUUUGAUCGAGGUGUAUUGCAAUUGUAUUUCAACUUUGGUCGAUCAUUCUAUCGCAAGUGAUUGUCGAAGAUUGCAAUGUCCAUGCAUGCAUA